CGUCCUCUCAUCUAAAUGGUGUGACACACAUUGUUCACGUCGUCAGGAGAAAGGCUUUGGAGUGAGAGCGACACUGUUCACGUCAGGAGCAAGGCUUUUGAGAUGAAUCUGAGUGAAAGAUUGAGUGAUCAGAUGCAUAGCAUUCCUUUCUACUUUUGAUGUGGUAACUAGAAGUUGAUCUUGAUGCUAUAGCGACCAGCGAACGAAAAUAGAAACAUGUUUCGCGGAGGAUGUCGUGCGAAGUUCUCAGGUUCUUUGGCCGCCACGACAGGUGGAGCAGGUGCGAGCCACAGCCAUCGAGGACCGCAUAACGAAAAUGCAGAAGAAAAGAUAUCCACAUCGGACUCCAGGCCAGCACAGUCGUGCAGACUAAGGCGUAGGCGAGCUUGGUUCAGGAACAGGCUGACUUCAUCGCUUAAUGAUCAUGGGGAUUCAAGAUCGGGGGGGAUGGGUGUCGACACCUCAAGCAGGAGCAAGCAAGGAUACCGAAGUCGAUAUUUCUUACAGCAUCCCUUCUCAACAUCUUCUUCAUGUGUAGGGAAGAAUCCUCGACUCGUUCACGCCGAAGUUGCAACACCUCUUAGACGGCCCUCAACGACCCACUCGAAGACGAGUGGUGACAAAAAUGGCGUGGCUCUCGACAAAAGCCUUGUGGAUAGCGGGUCAUUUUCGACAUCAUUCUUGUCGCACUCAGAAUCCGCUUGGUCAUUCAAUCACCAGCACCGUCGAAUAUUUACCACCUCAAUAGGUGCAAAUGAUGGUAGUUGGCCCAGCGGCUCUACUCGAAUCCAUGUCGCCACUAACGAUGCGAACACGCCUAGUGAAGACACAUACUCGGUAGCUCAGAUGGCGCCAUUUUUGCUGGCCUCCGUUUUCGAUGGCCAUGGCGGCGCCCAGACUGCGUACUACGCGGCAGAGGCUGUCUCCCAGAAUUUUCGCCAAGGGCUUUUAGAUUUCGAUGGACAUGGCAAAUCUUCAUCCUCAUCUUCAUCAAGUACUAAUAGGAGCAAAGCGAAGCGGCCAGACGAUGUGGCCUGCAUACUCGUGAACGCUUAUCGCAAAACGGAGUCCCAACUUUGGGCCGCGUGUGAGCCGGCUGCACGGCUAGGUUUCGCAAGUGUCUGUCGCGUCGGGUCCUGUGCCGUUUCUGCAGUUUUGUGUCCGGAGUCCGCAGCUCUCGUCGUUGCCAACGCAGGUGACUGUCGCUGUUUUCUAGGUCGUGCUCGGAGUAGACGCAGAGACGCGGGAAGUGGUAAGAAUGGAAGCAAAGCCCGAGGGCAAGAUGAUCAAGGCCACGGGAGGUGGAGAUUCGUACCAUCAUCAGCACUACAUACGGAUUACAACAAUCUGAUGCAGAACACUGUGGACGGCGCAAAUGACGGCGGCAGGUGGGAAUCGUCCCGGCUUGUUAGCGACGACGGGGCGCUCGAAGGUAACGAUCGACUAUUGGUUUUUUCGUUAUUUUUGGACCUCCUUUUGAUCGGUCCUCCAGCUGUUUUGUUGUUGGGAUAAAUAGAGGCUACAGCUACAGGGGAUCGCAACAACACCUCUUUAACUUGGCCAACACUCAAUGAUUGUACACUCAAAAAACGCAAACACCAAUUUCUCCUCUUGUCCAGGUAUCACCUUAUCCAGUCUGCAUAACGUCAAUGAUCCGUUUGCGAGGGAAAUUAUGCGAAGGGACUUUCCAAACGAUCCGCAGGUAGUUCAGUGUAUCCAGGGAUGGCAGGACACUCUUACUGGAAGAUUCUUUCGUGCAAAGCCAGAUCUAGAACGUCUCAGACUGAUGCACUCCCUCUCCACUGGUGCUCGUGCAAGUAGUAGCUCCGGAGAGUCGACCUCCGCAACUUCGUCUUCAUCUGUAGAAAGGUCCCCGAGCAACGCUGCAGGCUCCUCUGCUUCCACUGACAGUUCAGGCUCAAACUCGACGAUGAAUCCCCAUGAUGACAAUCGCUUUGUGCCAGCAGAGUUCAGCUGUUACGUCAAAGGCUGCUUGCAGCCGACGCGAGGCUUCGGGGACUUUUAUCUUAAAGAGCCCACUGCUUCGUGGGAUCAUCUCACCGGUCAGCCAUUCUUCAGCAGCCCCCGUCUGCUGCCUUAUGUCACUGCAGAGCCGGACGUGCGUAUCUAUGAGGGCUUAUCACCUGGUGCCGGAGACAAGUUCAUUGUGCUCGCGUCGGACGGGCUGUGGGACUUCCUAUCUGAACAGGAGGUUCUCGACACCUUAUCGCCCUAUUUCGCUAACGAAGGAGACGGAGAUGCUGGAAAGAGUGCCUCCCAAAAAAACCUACUAGGGGGCGUCAAUUUGUCACAACUUCUCAUCGAUAAGAUAUUGGAGAAAGUUGCGCGUGAAAGUUCGUUGGAGUCCGUCGCACAACUACGCAGCGUUGCCCCAGUAGCACGCCGUCGCCUCUUCGACGAUUCCGCAAUACUGGUCAUCGUUUUGUAAAGCCAUUGGCGGUAAUUCGAUCGCGGUGUUAUCCUCAUCGCUAUCAAUUGAAGAAUGUCCACUGUUGUAGCUUUGCCAGCUGCAGCAGGUCCUCCUGUGAGGAUUAUUUACUGAACCAACUGCUCCUCUAGUAGCUUCCUUUUCCUAACUUUAUCAUAGUAGUUCUCUGUUCAUUCAUAUCGAUUUUCAUGUACAUGUUGUGCUUGUUGUGGUUACUGCAUCUGCAUUGGGUAGUACUUCUAAAAAGUUCUCGAUAUUUGCGCACCCUUCUGUAAACUUCUUUGUACAGAUGAUUGCAAUGUCUUGUUGAUCCCAAUGAAUUCCCUGCAUGCAAUUCCUUUGUUUUUACUUUUAGUCAUGUUAGAAGUAUUUCACGUGGUAAGGAGUUGGAGUUGUAUUGAGGCUAUCUUGACAGGGGGAACUUGGAGAGGGUCGCUAUCAAGGAGUUUUAAAGCGACCCUCCUUCCAUUACCCCCCCCAGAAGGAAGCUCGAAGACUCUUCAAGAGUAGCUAGUUUUCACAAACGGCACUUCUUGCAAUCCGCAUUAGAGCUUUGCGAUUCGCAUCAGCUGAGCCCUGUUAUCCUCGACGUUAUCUCGUUGCAUAGCUAGCGUCAAGGCAUACAUCGCAUUACUCGCAAAGGGUCACCAUGGCUUUAGUUAUGCUCCUUUGUUGUUUCGAUCCUUUACGUGUUGGAGAUGUCGUCCCGACAGAAGGAGUAGAGACGG